AUGUUCUGCAGAUAUUUUUGCUUCUUCAGUCUGUGUCUUUUCCUUCCACCCCCAAGGAGGUGCUCCCUGGGUCACGUAUCCGACUUGCGCGGCAGCGACACAACAUCCCUCCCUGGAUUUGAGAACCUCACCAUGGGAUACAACAAAUACCUCAGGCCCUACUUUGGUGGAGAACCUGUUCAAAUUGCAAUGAGUCUGGACAUUGCAAGUAUUUCUAGUAUAUCCGAGAGCGACAUGGAUUACACCGCUACUAUAUAUUUGCGGCAGCGCUGGACAGACCCCCGGUUGGUCUUUCAUGGCAACAAGAGCUUCACGCUAGAUGCUCGUCUAGUGGAAUUGCUCUGGGUACCAGACACGUACAUUGUGGAGUCAAAAAGGUCCUUCCUGCACGACGUCACUGUGGGGAACCGCCUCAUAAGAUUGUUCUCUAAUGGCACUAUUUUGUAUGCCUUAAGAAUCACUACUACUGUUGCUUGUAACAUGGACCUGUCAAAAUAUCCCAUGGACACACAAACAUGCAGACUGCAGCUAGAAAGCUGGGGAUAUGAUGAAAACGAUGUCACCUUCACGUGGUUGAGAGGAAAUGACUCUGUCCACGGCAUAGAGAAGUUGCGGCUCUCUCAGUACACAGUGGAACGUUACCAUACCCUGGUCUCAAAGUCACAGCAGGAAACAGGCAGUUACCCACGACUGAUACUGCAGUUUGAGCUGAGAAGAAAUGUCCUUUACUUCAUCUUGGAGACCUAUGUGCCCUCCACUCUGCUCGUCAUGUUGUCCUGGGUUUCUUUUUGGAUCACAUUGGAUUCAGUGCCUGCAAGAACCUGUAUUGGAGUAACGACGGUGCUUUCCAUGACAACUCUGAUGAUUGGCUCACGAAGUUCACUUUCGAAAACCAGCUGUUUCAUUAAGGCCAUUGAUGUUUACCUCGGCAUCUGCUUCACCUUCAUCUUUGGUGCCCUUGUGGAAUAUGCAGUGGCUCACUACAGCUCAUCACGCAAGCGUGCAGCUAAAGCACCUCAAGAGGGGCCUGCAAAUGAACUCACUAAAGAAAUGGAAGAAGUCAACAUCACUAACAUCCUCAACAGCUCCAUCACCAGUUACAAACGGAAAAUCAGCUUUACAAGCAUUGAGAUUUCCAGCGAUAACGUUAACUGCACUGACUUGACCAUGAAAACUCAUGAGAAAAUCAAAUGUGUCUUGAGAAACAAAAUGCACAGGAUUAUUGGUUAUUUCACAAUUCAGAACCCCAGCAAUGUAGACCACUACUCCAAAUUGCUUUUCCCUUUGUUUUUCAUGCUGGUCAAUGUUUUUUAUUGGGCUUAUUACCUAUAUUUUUAG